ACAACCCAAAAACCAAGUUAAGGUUCCUAAGUCAUAAGAUACAUUGAUUCUUUCGUUUGUUGUUUUGGCUCUCCGCCAAAAAAACAACAAUUGCAUUCAAAAGGGUGUUUCCAAGUUUCAUUUUUUCCUCAAAUCACUAAAAGAACAAAGUGUUCAUAAAUGACAAAUUACUCAUUUUUUUCAUAGACAAUAAACAUAGUAAAACACCCUUUUGUUUGUUUUGGUGUUUUUGAAAUUUUUAGAAGUUACAUUUACAAUUUACAGUUAUGGCCUACACUGAAAACAGAGAACCAAAGAGUUUCUCUGUUUUCCUCUGUUUCUCAAUUUUCUAUGCUACACUUUUGUUAAAUUGUAACCAUGUUUAUGGCCAAACAUCAACUGUUUUUGCCUGCGAUGUUGCCAAGAAUUCAAGUUUAGCAGGUUAUGGAUUCUGUGACAAGUCAUUGUCGGUGAAAGAAAGGGUUUUGGAUUUGGUGAAGAGGUUAACAUUGAAAGAGAAAAUAGGGAACCUUGGAAACUCUGCUGUUGAAGUGAGUAGACUUGGAAUACCAAAAUAUGAAUGGUGGUCUGAAGCUCUUCAUGGAAUUUCCAAUAUUGGACCUGGAACACAUUUUUCAACUUUGGUUCCAGGUGCCACUAGUUUUCCUAUGCCUAUUCUCACUGCAGCUUCUUUCAACACUUCACUCUUUCAAGCCAUUGGAAGUGUGGUUUCAACUGAAGCAAGAGCAAUGUACAAUGUAGGAUUGGCUGGUUUAACAUAUUGGUCACCAAACAUAAACAUAUUCAGGGAUCCAAGAUGGGGAAGGGGACAAGAAACACCAGGGGAAGACCCUUUGUUAAGUAGCAAAUAUGCAUCAGGAUAUGUCAAAGGUUUGCAACAAACUGAUGAUGGAGACUCCAACAAGCUUAAGGUUGCUGCUUGUUGUAAACACUAUACAGCUUAUGAUUUGGAUAAUUGGAAAGGUGUUCAACGUUACACCUUCAAUGCUGUGGUGACUCAACAAGAUUUGGAUGACACAUUUCAACCUCCAUUUAAGAGUUGUGUGAUUGAUGGAAAUGUUGCCAGUGUCAUGUGUUCCUAUAACCAAGUUAAUGGAAUACCAACAUGUGCAGACCCUGACCUCCUUAAAGGAGUUAUCAGAGGCAAAUGGAAGUUAAAUGGAUAUAUUGUUUCUGACUGUGACUCAGUAGAAGUGCUUUUCAAAAAUCAGCAUUAUACAAAGACUCCUGAAGAAGCUGCAGCCAAAACCAUACUGUCAGGAUUAGAUUUGGACUGUGGAAAUUAUCUUGGCCAAUAUACAGAAGGAGCAGUAAAUCAAGGACUUGUGGAUGAAUCGUCCAUUGACAAUGCCAUCUCAAACAAUUUUGCGACAUUGAUGCGUCUUGGUUUCUUUGAUGGUGAUCCAAGCAAGCAACCUUAUGGAAACCUUGGUCCAAAGGAUGUGUGCACUUCAGAUAACCAGGAGCUAGCUCGUGAAGCUGCAAGGCAAGGGAUUGUGUUGCUUAAAAAUAGUCCUGGAUCAUUGCCUUUAAAUCCCAAAUCCAUCAAAUCAUUGGCUGUUAUAGGACCUAAUGCUAAUGCUACAAGGGUCAUGAUUGGAAACUAUGAAGGCAUCCCUUGCAAAUAUACAUCACCCUUGCAAGGCCUAACAGCUUUGGUUCCUACGAGUUAUGCUCCUGGCUGUCCUGAUGUGCAAUGCGCCAAUGCCGAGAUAGAUGACGCCGCAAAGAUUGCAGCCUCUGCAGAUGCAACCAUUAUUGUGGUAGGUGCAAAUCUAGCUAUAGAGGCAGAAAGUCUUGACAGAGUUAACAUUCUACUUCCAGGACAGCAGCAACAGCUAGUGAGUGAAAUUGCAAAUGUAUCCAAAGGGCCUGUGAUUCUUGUCAUAAUGUCUGGAGGAGGCAUGGAUGUUUCCUUUGCCAAAACUAAUGAAAAAAUAACAAGCAUUUUAUGGGUUGGCUACCCUGGCGAAGCUGGUGGAGCUGCCAUAGCUGAUGUGAUAUUUGGCUUCUAUAAUCCUAGUGGAAGGCUACCCAUGACAUGGUAUCCACAAUCAUAUGUAGAAAAGGUACCAAUGACAAUCAUGAACAUGAGGGCUGAUCCUGCUACUGGUUACCCUGGUAGAACUUACAGAUUUUAUAAAGGAGAUACUGUUUUCUCAUUUGGAGAUGGAAUGAGCUUCGGCACUGUCGAACACAAAAUAGUUAAAGCACCUCAGUUGGUGUCUGUUCCUCUAGCAGAGAAUCACGAAUGUCGUUCCUUGGAAUGCAAGUCACUUGAUGUUGCUGACGAGCAUUGUCAAAACUUGGCAUUUGAUAUUCAUCUUAGUGCCAAGAACAUGGGAAAAAUGAGUAGUAGCCAUACAGUAUUGUUAUUCUUUUCUCCUCCUAAUGUGCACAAUGCACCUCAAAAACACUUGUUGGGUUUUGAGAAAGUGCAAUUGGCAGGAAAAUCAGAAGCACUAGUUAAGUUCAAGGUAGAUGUUUGCAAGGAUUUGAGUGUGGUCGAUGAAGUUGGCAAAAGAAAAGUUCCCUUAGGGGAGCACAUGCUUCAUGUUGGAAACUUGAAGUAUCCAUUGAGUGUGAGGAUUUGAAACAAGUCUUCAAAUCUUCUACGUUGAUUUUUUAUUUUCAAUUUCUUCAUUGGUUUCCUUCGAAAAGAAUUUUUGAAGGAGACCAUAAAUAAAUUUGAGGUAAUUGUAACAAAAUUAUGGGAUUUGCAACAUUAUAUUCAAAUCACAAAUUUGAAAUCAAAAUAUAAUUUCUACUAUAAACUCAAUUUUUGUAUGAUUUGAUCA